CCCCCCUCGCCUGCCUUUCGCCUUUCCCCUUCGAAGGAAAGAUGCAACCCAACCCAAACCAGGUUAGGUCUCAAUAGAAACAGACGACGACGGAGUGGACAUGGCAAAUGAAGAAUUGGAAAUAUUUGACAGUUGGGAAGAAAUGGAUGACUCCGAGGUGUUAGAAAGAAAACUACAGAACCUCAAACUUCCGCCCACUGAUAAUUGUCGAAUAAAGAGAGAUAUCAGUGAUCAACCUGCAUCUAGAGGUGUGAUUUUAAUGGGUGAUGAUGCUUACCGGACUCAAUACACUUCGCCUGAGCCCACAGUUAAAAUUUUAAAGCGACCAACUCAAAACUCAAAUGGGGGAGGAGAUGGACCUUUCAUGAAUGGUGAAAACAAGCCUAGUAAACAACCUAUAAAAACUCUGCAGCAGCGAGAACAAGAAUAUGCUCAAGCUAGGUUACGAAUAUUGGGAGAAGCCAGAAGUCCCGAAGAAAUUGUUGAGGAUCGAAUGAACAAGAUCCAUGCUAAAGUUGAAGUACUUCGAUCCUCAGAAACAGAAAAUAUUAUAAGACUUCCUCGGGGGCCUGAUGGAACAAAAGGCUUCAAUGUACCUCGGUAGUGACUUCGUGCCCAGCCAGCUCUACAUCCUGGAGCUGAGGCUGCAACCAAAUGAAAAUUUAACGGACAAUUUUGUACAAUCAUUGUGUGUUAUAUUUUCUGUGAAAAGUGAAGAGUGAGUGUAAAUGUGCAAAUUAUUGUGUUGAGAGUUUAUAUACAUAUAUAUGUGUUAUAAAGAGAAAGCAUUUAAAGGUAUUUUUCACAAACCUUGAUUCAAAAUGCUGAUUCAUGCCUAUUUUUUUCUUGCCAUUUAAUGUUUGCAAGAAAUGUGACCGUUAUUUAUGGACCUGUGACGCUUGGUAGUUGUUUGGAGUUGUUCUUGUUUUCAAGAACUAGCAAUUGUUUCUGUUACUACUUUUCUACCAGUCCCUUCACUGUGUCACAUUUUUCCUGUUUUGAUCCAUAAAUGUAUGGUUCACCAUAACCUCCUCCUAUUACUCAAUUUUGCUUCAAUUUUUCAUUCUCUGUAAAUGUUAAUCAAAAUAAAUGAGGGAUAGUUGUUUUUAUUCAAACAAACUCUGUUAUAAUUGUUGUAUUAUUCUUCUCAACUUGAGGUAGGCCUAAGUGAAAGAGCUGAAAUUAUGGGUACUUUUUUGCGCUUCAAAAGGAAACAGAACUGGAUGACGGUAAAAGAGAACUUUAUGUUGAAGACCAAAGAAAACACAACAUUUUUAUUGUUUUGUUUUAGCGAAUAAGUACUCAUGGUUGAAGGAACUUCACUCGGGCCUUUCCAUUCUUGUGGCACUUCGUUUUAAGUCACUUUUUUUGUUCUACUUGGUUCAAAACCGAGUGUAGUGGGUAGUUAAGGCUAUAAAACAUUUUAUUCUAUUGAGUUAAAGGUAAAUGAAGUGAUUGUCAAUCAACAUAGCUCGAAUGCAGCAAAAUGUAGUUUUGAAAUUGUGACUUUAUAUUGAUUCAUGAGCAGCAUCUUUAUCUUUUUUAAAAAGACAAACCAAAAAUUUGUUACAGAAUGAGAAACGUGCAUUUGGGUCUCAAAGUCUUCACAAGUAUAUUAUAUAUAAAUUAUAUUAUGAAUAUUGAUGUUAAUAGGCAAAAUGCAUAACCAACUGAUUUUUCUACAUCUGUAAAUAUCGUUUAUCAGGCUCGACUGUUACAGUGCCAUAAAGUGUACAUUUUCUUGGGAUUGAAUCUGUGAUGUUUUUAAAAUAGUUGAUUGUGAAAUCUUAGAGACAUUCAAUAAAAUAAUUUGUAAAGUA